AUAUUAAUGGUGAUAAGUGUUAUAUACUUAAAGAUUAUAUAAUUAUUUUAUUGUAUAAAUUGACCGAUCAUACUGAUUUCAUAUUCACACUUCUAAAUGUUAUGUGUACACACCGGCAUGUAGUAUAGCAAAACAGAUGUUACACUCCAAGGAAUAGUUCAUUUAGAGAUUGAACUUAAAUUAUUUUAUUAACUUUAACUUUGGACAUCAAUUGUUUGUUUAAAUUUGUGGCCAUUCAUUCUGUAUUUUGAUAAGUCAGUAGUUGAUUGCCUGAACAAUAUGGCCUUGUCAAUGCUCUCAUUGUGCAGAGCUCGCAUAUAUAUCCUAUUUGUAUCAUGUGAACUAUUGAUUGGAUGUGUUAUUGAGAACUAGCUUUCUGACGGCGGCUUCGCCCGCGUAAAUUUCCCACGGAAACAGUUAUUUUUUCAGCAUGAAAAAGUACCCUAUGUCCUUCUCCAUAAUUCAAACUACAUUAUAUGCAAAUUUUCAAGAAGAUUGGUCGCUUUCGCAUUUAUAAUAUUAGUUAGGAUAUUAGCACACACAUUGAUAUACUUGCACUCAUAUUGUAAAAAUAUGUAUUCUUACAGUAAACUUUUAAUAAGACACUCUAACAAUUACGAUAAAUCUUAAAAAAAGGUGUUGUCAUCUACUUUAUCAAUUGAAUCUCACCAGGCCAUCUCUAAACACAUUUAACAAUACACCAAUGGCAUUUUUUCAUCAUAAAAAGAAACAAACAGACAAGCAGAAUGUGUGUACACAUAACGAAAUUUGUCAUUCGUCUUCAAUACAAUGGCUGGAUGGUAUUUCUAUAGCACUUCUAGUCAUAUAACGUGAUCCCGAGACGAAUCUUGUGCGAUGGGCCUUAUCAGGGCAGAAUCUCGGGUGAUGGGUCGCCGUUUUGUUCUAACAUUGGCGAUUGGGAUAUCUGCUGGAUUUAGUGUCGCAUACAUAUUCUUAACAUCGACAGAACACAGCAGAGAUAUAGCAUAUUCUCAGUACAGAGAAUCGGCAAGAGAUUUGGAUAAGCACCCGAUUUCAUAUCUGGUUGAGCAUGGCACAGACGAAACGGCCCACAAAAAUGAAGACAGAACGGUUGCCGAUGAACUGGCAAAGAAGGUCAGGGUUCUCUGCUGGGUGCUGACACAACCCAGCAACCAUUACAAGAAGGCUAAACAUGUGAAAGCCACGUGGGGGAAGAGGUGUAAUAAAUUGGUCUUUAUGAGCACGGAGGAAGAUGCAUCUUUACCUGCGGUCAAACUACCCGUGCACGAGGGUCGUGAUUACCUCUGGGCGAAAACGAAGGAGGCGUUCCGUUAUGUGUACGAGAAACAUAGAAGAGAAGCCGAUUGGUUCCUCAAGGCCGACGAUGAUACGUACGUGGUAGUAGAAAAUCUACGAUACAUGUUGGCCGAUUACGAUCCCAAGGAACCAAUUUAUUUUGGAUGUCGAUUCAAGCCUUUUACACAGCAGGGUUACAUGAGCGGCGGUGCGGGCUAUGUACUGAGCCGGAACGCGUUGGAGCGUUUCGUGAACCUGGCGCUGCCUCGCCCGCAGCUCUGCAAGGCCAGCGAACACGGGGCAGAAGACGCAGAGAUGGGCAAGUGUCUGGACAAUAUUGGUGUGAAGGCGAUGGACUCGCGUGACAACUAUCACCGCGGUCGAUUCUUCCCAUUCGUGCCCCACGACCACCUGUUCCCCAACAAGGACAAGGACUUUUGGUACUGGCGUUACAUCUACUAUCCUACCGAAGACGGUCUCGAUUGCUGUUCAGACCACGCGAUAUCCUUCCACUACGUGUCUCCAGACAUGAUGUAUGUGAUGGACUAUCUCAUAUACCACCUGCGACCCUACGGCAUUAGGUUCGGUAACGGCGAACUUCCGAAGAUACUGCGGAACGAUACCAAAGAAAUCGCUACUACUUGAACUGUGAUUAUUUAAAGUUAUAUAAUAGAAUUCAGUAAGUUAACCCAUCCGAUAGGAAAUAAAUUGAUUUGCUUAAUUUGGUCCCCUUGGGGGGUGAUUUUAUGAACAGUUCUUUUAUACAGUAAUUUACCAAAGUUGAAUAAUUUUGACGUAAAAUUAUAUAAAAAUAAUUAUGGCAUACUAUUUUAACCCCUAAGGGAUCAAUUUGAUUUUUAUACGUCAAAUGUUGUCCGAGUGAUAUAAUUGUGUAUAUAGGGGAUGUAAAUUUUGACCAGUGAUUUAGAAAUUCAAUUUAUUAAUAUUAGACAGUUAUCACUGGAAAAUAAAUCUAAUCAGGAUAAUGUUGGAAUCAGAUGAACCCAUUAUCAUAUUUGACCCCCUACAGGGGUUAAGUUGCCAAAAAUUAGAUUAGGUUCCGGGGUGAAUUUGUUUAAAAAAUGGAAAUGCAAAAGAUUAAGAUAUUGGCGUUGUCUGUUUUUU